UUUUUAAAUAAUUUAUGUUUGAAAUUAUGCGAAAAAAGUUUGCAAAUUAACACAUUUCAUGUUGAUUUUGAAAUUGGAGCUCAUCAGGCAAUUACAGACGUGUUUGGAAAUAUUAAAAUAAUUGGAUGUAGAUUUCAUUUAGGACAAUCAUGGUGGAAAAAAAUUGUUGGCGAACCUUCACUCAGAAUAGCAUACAUGGACAACAGUAAUGAACUAGGGAAAUGGUUGAAAAUGUUUUUUGGUUUGGCGUUUAUUUCCCCAGAAGAAGUAGUUGAUGCAUUUCACGAGUUAAUAUCAAUUUGUCCAAAUGAUGACGGUUUCAUAUUUUCUGAUUACAUUAUACACAACUAUAUUGAAGAUCACUGCCAGUUUCCUCCAAAUAUUUGGGCGGAAACUCCUUCGCUAAACCCAAGAACGACCAAUGCAGCUGAAAGCUUUCAUCGCACGUACAAUUCACAGUUUUAUUCACCUCACCCCCAUGUUCAUACAGUCGUUAGGGUAUUGAUCGAAACACAAGCGGAAACAUCGACUAAGAUCAAUUCAAUUCGACACAAGCCUGGAAAAUUACAAUCCGCAAAAGAAAUAAAAAAAAAUGAAUUGAAUAUUCAAGCCUACAGCCAGUUUUUAAAUCGUAAGAAUACGGAAUCUUUAUUAAUUUAUUUAAGUCAAAUUGGAAGCAGAUACCAAGGUGUAUCAAUUUAAUUUAUUAUUAUCAAAAAAUCUAGCUAGGUAUAUUAUACUGUAUUAUAAUAUGAAUGU